AAAACGAUAUAAUUAAAUUUCCACACGAUGUGGAAAUUACAUUUUAUUUCUAUUUUAUUACUGUCCAUGAGCUGGGAUAUUAUUGCUUCUCCACAAAAGAGCUUUGAGCGCGGAAAAAGAACAGGACAGCAAUUUCCAACUUCAAAUACGGGGCAACCGGGUAUAGUUGUCACCAAUGGAAAAGCUGGAGUAGCAACGUUUCCGGUACAAACAAUAACUUCCGUUGGUGUUGGAAGACCCGGUAAACCACCAGUCGGAUUUCCUCAACCAGUCGGCACGGCAAUUGAUCUUUUACCUUUGCAACCAACGAAAGGUAUGGCUCAGAUCGUUUCGAUUGAUGUUCAAUGCCAGAAGCAAUCGAUGAACGUGAGAAUCGAAUUCGAUCAGAAUUUUGACGGAACCAUAUAUUCUAAAAAUUAUUUUAGUGAACUGGGAUGCAGAUACGUGGCUCCAAACAGUCAUCUGAAUGUUUACGAAUUUACCAUAAGUUUAGACAGAUGUGGAACAGCAUUUAUCGAUGAAUUCGCUCAAGGAGGGCAAGCGUAUCUCGAAAAUACUAUAAUCAUUCAGAAUCAUGCUGGUUUUCAAGAAGUAUGGGAUACUGCUCGGAAGAUACGUUGUCUAUGGGCAGGACAAUUCGACAAAACUGUUUCUUCCGUCGUAAAUGUCGACAUGUUAGAUAUCGUCACCAUAACUUACAGUGGUGACACAGUCGAAAGUUAUAUGGACAUACAAAUCGGUAGAGGACCGUUUUCCACUCCAGUAACUGGUUUAGUGAAGAUUGGAGAAACCUUAACUAUGGUUAUUUACGUACAAGGGGCAGAUGAUUUUGACAUUCACGUUAAGGAUUGUAUAGCGCACGACGGAGACGUGAGAAAUGCCAUUCAGUUGACAGAUGCCAGAGGUUGUGUGAUCAAAAAGAAGUUAAUGGGUCCGUGGCAAAAGUCGCGACAAACAGGAAAUACGGGCGCAAGUAUUAUAGCAUUCUCGUUUUUCCAAGCUUUUAAAUUUCCGGAUAAGAUGGAAGUUUUCUUAGAAUGUAAUAUAGAAAUUUGCAAAUUCCAAUGCUCGAAUUUCUGUCCGGAAUAUCCAAAUGACCCGCGUAUUACGUCAGGAAGAAAAAAGCGUGAAGCCAAAAGAAACAAUUAUCACGAACACAAAGAUGGCAUUUUGAGAGCUCCAGAGCUGAUAGAACCGGUUAGAGUCUUAAGAGGAUUUCGUGUCGUUUCUCCCGAUGAUAUCACAAUAUCUAGAGAUGCUAACGCUACUGUGACGUUGACAUCUAAGUCUGUCUCUAGAAAUAAUGGAGACGUGUGUAUGUCAACUCCUAGUUUCAUCACCGCACUUAUUGUCGUAUUAGCUAUUAUAAUAAUAACCUGCUUGAUAACCGCAAUGCUAUGUAUAAGAAUGCGAAAGGCUACAGCUAGUCCAGCUUCUAGUAUGCUAAGCGGAUAUAAUCAUAAGGACAUAUUAUGCAAUAAACGCUGAAUUCUAGUUGAAUCCAUCAAUUUUAUUUCAGAGCCUUAUAGAAGCGUUGAGUGCACUUAAAACAAGUGCUUUGAUGGCUAAGGAGAAGGAAUAAAUUGCUAUCAGAAAUUUGUUUUAUUCAAGAUGCCAAUUUUUAAAGUAAUAUAUAUACACA